AUGUGGUGUUGCCAUUGUGGUGUCGUUGCUGCCUCUGCUGAAAGAGGCACUAAGCAGAAGAGUCCAUGCCUUGUCGAUAGGUCAAUAUUGGCAGACUUGGCGAGGCCCAUGCCGCUUCCACAUGAAAUUCUGUCCAUCGCGGCCCAGAAUGGCCGGGUCAGAUGCCGUCCAAUGCCGAGACUUCCUCUGCGCAUUGGGCAAGGCGGUCUGAUGCUAUGGCUAUGGGUGACUACCUUGUUGGGAGCAGAUAGAAGGGCUAAUCGAGAUGUUGGGGGUCCUGAUAGGGCAAGGCUCCAGGGGGUUGACCGUUCAGGUUCACCCCACGACGACAACGACGACGUGGAAGACGGGAGAGCGCCGAGGUGUUCGAACGAGGUUGCUGCGUUCAAUACAGAGGCGAUGUGCCAAGAUAUGCGGACAUGCGGACGCAUGGGGGGAACAAGAGCCAAGGUGCAUUGUGGUGGCUUUCGGCGCCGCCAGUCCUGA